AUGGCAAUGCCAAUACAUCGUAACGAAACGGGACAUGUCACUCCAGAUGGUAUUGUUUAUCAUCAGAGGUUAGAUUCUUCUCAAGUAGAACACGAAGAACUGCGUCAUAUUGACGAUGAUUUAGUCGAUGCAAGUGAAUAUGUUAGUGUUUUUUACUUUCGUUGCAAUAUAGUUGAAAAAUUUCAGUUUCACGACGAUGAUGACAUGGCUGCACAGUCUGUGCCACCGAGAGCAGUGCAUCAAUGUAAUAUAUGCAAUAAAAUAUUUGUUUCUUUUAAAGGCCUUCAACAGCAUGCGGUGAUACAUACGGAUCAAAAGCCGUUUUGUUGCGAUGUUUGCGGAAAAGCAUUUCGUUUUAAGUCGAAUCUCUUCGAGCAUCGUUCUGUUCAUAGUGGUUUUACUCCUCAUUCAUGUCCUUAUUGUGGUAAAACGUGUCGGCUAAAGGGAAAUCUCAAAAAACAUUUGAAAACUCAUGUACAAACGAAAGAAGAAUUAGAAGCUGCAUGGAAACCGUUUGCAAGUAAUCGAAGGCCCCCUGCUGAUAUACCAGAUGAUGCCAUUAUUGUACGUGGUACGGGUGAACCAUUUUUCACUCCACCUAGUCGGCCACGUAAACGAAAACUUGGACUAGGACCAGAUGCACGAAUGUGGGUCGAUAAAAUUCGUCGUGGUGAACUUUUGCCAAGUGCUCCUAUCACGGAAAAGAUGCGAAGGUUAGCGGAAAUUUUGAAAACUGCUGAUGAACAACAAUUCAGUAUGGAAGAUGUGUUCGAACAAGCACGAGCAUUGUCUUUUGAGCGCUUUGAUUGUCCUUUAUGUAAAGGAGUUUUCAUGUCGAGAUUGGAAUGUUCGGAACAUCUCGAAAUGGAGCAUCCUAUGGCUAGGGUAGAGCGUCCAUUGUUCUGCGAGGUUUGCCUUAAAGCCUUUGCUGACCGCAAAUCAAUGGAACAACACGAAAGCUACCACAAAAGAGUUCAUUUGCUCAUAGAACAUGGCGACCUUGAGAUUAUAGACCCAGAAAUAUUGCUACCAGAAUCAUGCGACAUGGCAGAGGAUGAAAUUGAUACCGUGGUCUGA